CUCCAUCUUCUUCGUCUUCAAGCUCCGAUCCCUCAAUCAAACCCAAAAAUGGCGUCAAAUCCAAAACCAACCUUCGCAUACACAGUUAUGUACGUCAAGGACGUCGCCAAAUCAGUAGAUUUCUACUCCAAAGCCUUCGGUUUCAACGUCCGCAGCAUCGACAAAUCCAACAGGUGGGGAGAGCUCGAUAGCGGGGAAACCACCAUCGCAUUCACGCCGCUGCACCAGCACGAAACAGACGAUCUCACCGGCGCCGUUCACACCCCAUCUUCCGCCCGCGACCGGAACCCUAUGGAUAUUUGCAUCGAUUAUCCCGACGUCGAUGCAGCCUAUCAGAGGGCGGUGGAGAAUGGCGCGGCGCCGGUGAGCCAGCCGGAGGCGAAAGAGUGGAACCAGAAAGUAGGAUAUGUUCGUGAUAUCGAUGGGAUUGUAGUGCGGAUAUGUAGCCAUGUGAAUCCACCGAAAUAGAGCUGAAUUUUGCAGAGCCGCCUUCUUCAAUCGUCUGUACUUCAAUAACAAAUAAUAAUAUACAGAUGUUAUCUAAAGUUCAGUUUACGAAAGCAAUCCGAAUUCCGGAGGUGAGUUAGAAUAAGAACAUGGUUUCUGCGCGAUUAGGGCUAUGGGAAAGAAUCAGAGCCAAAUCGCCAAUAAUCUGAGCGGAAACUCGGAAAAUCUAACGCGUAAAAAAUAAUCGUGAAUCGAUUCAGAAUUGAACCGGAAA